AGCGUUCUCUUCGCAUCUCAAAACACACAGAUAACCCGGUUCUCUUCCAGUUUGAGAUUUAAGCCGUGCUCGUCAAGCUCAGUGAAAUGGCAAUGUCCACAGAGAAUGAACAUCCAGUGAAGGCUUUUGGAUGGGCAGCCAGAGACACUACAGGGCAUCUCUCUCCCUUUAGGUUCUCAAGAAGGGCCACCGGAGAAAAGGAUGUAACUUUUCAGAUAUUGUAUUGUGGUAUAUGCCAUUCCGAUCUCCAUAAUAUCAAGAACGAGUGGGGAAUAACUUCUUAUCCUGUAGUGCCCGGGCAUGAGAUUGUAGGAAUGGUCACCGAAGUAGGCACCAAAGUGAAAAAAUUUAAAGUUGGGGACAAAGUGGGUGUUGGGUGUAUGGUCGGAUCAUGUCGCUCUUGUGCAAAUUGCAAAGAGGAUCUUGAGAAUUACUGCCCUGAAAUGAUCUUAACCUAUGGUGCAAAGUACUAUGAUGGAAGCACCACCCAUGGUGGCUAUUCAGACAUCAUGGUAUCGGACGAGCACUUCGUGAUCAAAAUCCCCGACAAUUUGCCUCUUGACGGUAGUGCUCCUCUCCUCUGUGCCGGGAUCACUGUCUAUAGUCCAUUGAAGUACUAUGGGCUUGAUAAGGCCGGAAUGCAUUUAGGGGUAGUUGGGCUUGGUGGGCUCGGGCAUAUGGCUGUAAAGUUUGCUAAGGCCAUGGGUCUCAAAGUGACCGUCAUCGGUACCUCACCUAAUAAAAAGAAGGAAGCCAUGGACCAUUUGGGAGCUGAUGCAUUCUUGGUUAGCCGUAACACAAAAGAGAUGGAACUUGCAAUGGGUACAAUAGAUGGUAUCAUUGACACAGUCUCAGCUGUACAUGCUCUUUUGCCUGUAAUCGGUCUCUUGAAAACUAAUGGAAAGCUUGUCAUGGUUGGUGCACCAGAGAAGCCACUAGAGCUACUUGCUUUUCCACUCCUCAUGGGUAGAAAGAUGGUGGGAGGAAGUUGCAUUGGAGGGAUAAAAGAGACGCAAGAGAUGAUUGAUUUUGCAGCGAAGCACAACAUAGUCGCAGAUAUUGAGCUUAUUCCCAUGGAUUAUGUGAACACUGCCAUGGAGCGUCUAUCAAAAGCAGAUGUUAAGUACCGAUUUGUCAUUGACAUCGUCAAUUCAUUGAAGCCUUCUUAAUGAUGAUUUUGAUGGAUUACUACUUGGCUGAGUGUGGAUGAAGAUUAGCCUUUGCCUACAUUGUUAUCUCAAAAUCAUGUUUUACAACUAAGAUUUUGCUUCUACUUAGUAUGGUGAUAUUACUUCAUUGUCCCUUUUGGAAUAAGGUCGACUCUUUGUAUUGAUAGUAGCCUUGUUUCAGGUUGUUAUCCUCAAAAAGUAUGCAAUUUACAUAAUCACAGGAGUUUCUUUA